CACACUUUCCCUUAUAAUGAUAAAUUCUAUCCAAAGAGAAAGCAAAUAUAUUAACUAUUAAAGGAUUUAAAAUUGGGAUCAAAUUCAACUCCAGUUUUAUCUUACAAGCCACCUCUGAUCUGUAAUGUUUAUCACGAUUUGUAAUAUAAUGGCUAUACAUGAAGUGUAAAAACUCUACUUGGUAUCUAUCAAAACCAACCAAUAUAACCGUCAACUCCGGAUUUAACAAAUAUGUUGGCUCAACCGUAGAUAAUGAUUGUGAUGUAUUCCAAAGGUUUGAGGAAAAUGAAAGGGCAGUAAAAUUAGUUAAGUUGCUUGAUGAAAAGUGUGGAAUUAAUUUGAAUUGGCUUGAUUUCAAAUUCAUAUACAACCAAAAUAUUUACGAAAAUUUAUCAUUGAGUGCAAAAUCAAAAUUCAUUUAGUCUAUUAAAAGAGCAUUAUUGAAUUUAUUAAAUGAUACCUUCAAUCAUUAUGAAAAAU